AUGCGCAUCAAAGACAUCAAGAAGCGGGCGCUACGCGUACUGUCGUCCCGAAAACGUGCAAAAAAAGAACAAGAAUACGAACUCGUACCAAUUUCGGAUCCAACUUUCCACAAAUUCGCGGAUCUGCCUGAUAACAUCAAGGCGAAAGUCUGGCGAGAAUUCUACUUGGAACCUCGAUACUACACUGCAGAACUCUAUCUCAAGGACGACAAGAAAGAAGACGAGGAACACGACGAGGAAGACUCCGACUGGGAAACAUGUGACGGAGAAACGUCUGACGAUGAAACUUCCAAAGAGAAUUUGUCUGAAGAGACUACGCCCGAAGAGAACAGGUCUGAGGGUCAUGUAUCCGGGGAGCGUACAUCUGAGGAGUAUACGUCAGAAGAGGACAUUGCUGGCGAGGAGGCAUCCGCCGAGGAAGAUGAUGAGGCAGACAACAGGGAGGCCUCCAGGUCAACUGAUUUGCUUAUCAAACCAUCACGCAGCUACUCUCUACCCAAUGUCUCAGAGCCCAUCGACAAAGAUGGCGAGGAAGAGGAAAAGGCGACGCACCGCACUGCGUUCUGGACUUUGACCAGACACGAUGCGCAGUACUCAGAUGGAUAUCACGACUCCAUCGACAAAGGAAUUGAUCUCCUGUCGAGAUCUGUGGCCCAAAGUGUCAGGCCGCAAUUCUGGUUUCCAGUAUGGAUCAAAGAUGAGGGCGAGGAGGGUCCCUGGACAAUGAUACCGCCACCAAAACACUCAGCAUCGAAAAUGGGAGCUAGCAGGGGCAUCAACUGGGACACUGAUUUUGUCCAUGUGAAGGUGCGCUUUCGCACAUGCGUCCGAGAGAGCAUCGACUGGAUGCAGAACAUCCAGAACCUUGUUAUCGACACGAAGCCUUUCCGAUCGCGACGGCCGCGCCAUGCAACGAACACAUGCUUCUGGAUGUGGACCAACAAAGAAACACUUGCAAACCUCAAAAGCAUCAAGCAAAUCGCCGCACCCGAAUACCAAGUUCCUUUCUUCCAUACCGAGUGGUGCCACUACCAGAUGAGACAUCUUCUCCGUUCUGCGGCGGGAACCCCUUCCCAGUGGCGCGGUAUCCAAUCCGAACUGGUAUCUCAUGAGUUCUGGCUGCCUCCCGACAAUUUACCUCGACAACCCCAAUGGAAACAAUUCGUUAAGGACUUUUUUGAGCAACUCGCCACUGAAUAUGACUAUGUAAUUGUCGGCGGGGGCACCUCCGGGCUCACCGUUGGCGAUCGACUUACAGAGGAUGGCAAAUAUACCGUUCUUGUGGUCGAGUAUGGCUACUACGACAGCCAGACCGGCAUGAAUCCACGCCGCAUGUUCAACAUCACGUCCAAGCCGUGCCCGAAUCUCAACGGCCGAAGCUUCGAUGUGGGCAUAGGAUGCGUCGUCGGUGGAAGCUCUUCUGUCAAUGGCCAAGUAUUCUUGAGAGGGACUAGGGAUGAGUACAACGCUUGGAAAGACCUUGGCGGACCCGGGUCUACCUGGGACUGGGACAAUCUCCUGCCGUACUUCAAGAAGGGCAUCACUCUCGCGGCCCCUGAUGCAGCACAAGCGCGAGAGUACAACAUCACCUACGACACGCAGUAUUGGGGCACAACCUCCAAGAUAUACGCGGCCUUUGGCAAGGGUCCUCUUCAGUCCAUCAUGAAGAUCCUCUACAACGCCAUGGCCAAGAUGCCAGGCAUGACCGUCCCCGUCGACAGCGGCGCCGGCGAGGCCGGUCUCUACUGGUACCCAAUGUCCCAGGACCCGGUCCAAUUCCAGCGCUCGUAUGCCCGCACCGGCCACUGGGACGGCCUGAACCGCGCAAACUAUGAAAUGAUAGUCGGCGCCAAGGCCAACCGCAUCCUCUUUGACGGCGACACCGCCACAGGCGUGCAAUUCGUCUCUCGCAAUAACACGGGAGCCGCCCCCGUCCAGAUCAAAGCCCGUCGCGAGGUCAUUCUCGCCGCCGGCUCGGUGCACACGCCGCAGGUUCUCAUGCUCAGCGGCAUCGGCCCGCGCGCGCAACUCGAGCAGGCGCGCAUCGCGGUCAAGGUGGACCUCCCGGGCGUCGGAUCCAACUUCCAAGACCACAGCUACAUCCCCAGCAUCUCUUACCAAUGGGGGAUCCAGCCCCCAAACUCUGGCGGCGGCGGCUGGGGCGGCGGCGGUCCGCCGUCCCUCGCCUCCAUGAUCGGCCUGCCCGUCGUCAGUCCGGACAGGUUCGAAACCCUAGCCAAGGCCUUUGAGGCUCAGGACCCAAAGUCCCACCUCCCGUCGGCCUACACCCCCGAGCAGAUCGAGGGAUACAAGCAGCAGCAGAAAGUCUGGGCCCGCCUCAUGCGCUCCAAGAAUGUCGUCUUCUCCGAGAUGAUGAUCUACGGCCCCGGUGGCUCCGUCCAGAACCUGCACUGCAUGUCCCGCGGCAACAUUCUCCUGAAUACGGCGCAGCCCGAGAGCGAGAUGGUGGUUGACUACCGCGCCGCGUCCAACACCAUCGACCUCGACGUCAUGGCCGAGAUCAUCAAGUUCAUGCGCCGCUACAUGACCACCGGCGAGCUCGCGCAGUACCAGGCGCGCGAGGUGUCGCCUGGCGCGGGCGUGUCGUCUGAUGCUCAGCUUGUUAACUGGGCCAAGGGGCAGAUCAUCCCGUCCGUGUACCAUCCUGUCGGUACCGCUGCGAAGAUGCCACGCGAGUGGGGCGGCGUGCUUGAUGAGAACUUGCUGGUGUAUGGUGUGAAGAAGUUGAGGGUCAUUGAUGCUUCGAUGAUGCCCACAACUGUCGGUGCCACCACGUCCAUGACAGUCUAUGCUGUUGCUGAGAAGGCUGCCGACUUGAUCAAAGCGCAGACACAGUAA